AGGGAGAAAAUAAGAGAAGAAGAAGAGAUAGAGAAGGAAAAGGGAGAGGAAGAGAAAGAGAGACAAGGGAGAGGGAGAGACAAGGAGGGAGAGACAAGGAAGAGGGAG